CUCGGCCUUACCAUUGCAGUACCAGCAUCUCACAACCCAUUAGUCCGCCUUCCAAUCCCACUCAUCAGCUUCAAAGCACUCUUGUAUUUCAUCAUGGCUGAACCUCUCUUUCUUGAUCCCGCGCUGCCGUCCAAAGUGCUUCACCAAUUCCCAUUCCCCACGUGGAUCGAGAACAUUGCUGUCCGCUCUAAUGGUGAUCUCCUGCUUACUAUUUUGACGACUCCAGAGCUCUACCUCAUCAAGCCAUCCAAUCCAGACGGGCCGGUGCUGGUCCACAAAUUCGACGAAGUAUCGGCAUUGACUGGCAUCAUCGAAAUCAAGGAGGAUGUCUUCUAUGUUGGGGGCGGCAACUUCACUCUUCAACCCUGGUCGAGUGGAGCGGAUACCUACCAGGUCUUCGAAGUGGACUUGACCAGCUUCGAUAAAGGUUCAAAACCAAAGGUCAAGAGGAUCGCCUACUUACCAGGUUGCGGACUUGCGAAUGGGUUCGAAUUGCUCUCCAAAGAAGACGGGACGGUCUUGAUCGCAGACUCGGAUGCCGGGGUGGUUUGGAAGCUCAACGUCAAUGAUGGAAAAGUCGAGAAACUUAUUGAUGUCGAAGAGAUGAAAUCCCCGCCUCCACCAUCGAUGCCCAUGGGUGUCAAUGGAGUCAAGAUCCGUGACGGUUAUCUUUACUGGAGUAACACGGGCCAGCAAUUCUUCUGUCGGAUCAAGAUUGAUGAUGAAGGGAAGACUUCUGGUUCAGUCGAGGUGCUGGAACGAGAAAUCAUUGUUGAUGACUUUGUCUUUGAUAGGAAGGGGAACGCCUGGGUGACAUGUCAUACCGUCAACACAUUGGGUGUGGUAAAAGCUGCUGGUGGAGUUGUUAUUGCCGGUGGGAGCAUUGAUAAGCUGACUUUGGCUGGCGGGACGGCUUGCGAAUUUGGGAGGACUACAUCGGAUGCUGAUGUUCUGUACUUUGUCACUUCGGGAGGUAUGGCUGCUCCUGUCAACGGCACUGAGGUGGAAGGUGGGAAGGUGGUUGCUAUUGACACGGCCAACUUUUCGCACUGAUUUCGUUGCUUUCACAAACUAACAAUCCACAUCUCAAGAGCUCAAUCACACGAUUCAACUUUUUCUGCCACGCU